CGGCACCAGCUCGCGACAUUACGUCUCGUCAACCGCGCCUUCUGUCGCAGUGCCUCCCCGCGACUGUUCCGACACCUCCGCGUGGUCGCCAAAUCCGCCCAGUCCAAGACCUCCGAAUCGCCGCUUGUAGGCCUCGUAGAGCUCUCCCAUGGCCCUUAUGCCGACUACGUGCGCCAACUCGACAUCGGGCUCGAGGACACGGAACACUCGGAAGAUUUCUGCUCGAUGUUCCUGGAAGAUCUGGCGGGGGUUCUGCCCUCCUGCCUGUGCCGGCUGUCCAAACUCAAGGCGCUUGAUUUCCAGGGGGUUCCCGGCUCGUUACCCGAGGCGACGACCCGAGACUUUGUCAACACCGUCAUCAGCAGCCUCCGCUAUGUGCCACUGCCGAACUUAACCGAGCUGGACAUUGCCUUCCCCAUCACCCAUGAUUUCGCCCAAUUCUUCCCCCACAAGACCAUCAGCUCCAGCGCCUUGCGCAUCUCCACCGAACACAUCCUGGAGCGUCUUCACCACCUGGGCCUCCGCAUCACCGCCGCCCCCACCGAACACGCUCAGCCACAACAACAUGAAUCUCCCUCUCCGCCGCCCGGCGCGACCGCACAUAACCCCGGCUUCAACCUGAAGUCGCUCGCCAUUGCCAGCGCAGACACCCUGGAUCUGGACGGGGCUUCUUUCAGCCGCGCCCUCCGCCUGGAAUCCAUCCAGCUGCGCCGGGUGUCCAUCUCGUCUUACAAGCUGCUGUCGCUGGUCGAACAAUGCAAGGACUCCAUCCAACACAUCGAGCUCCACCAGGUCAAGCUGAACUCGGGCGAGUGGCAACAUGUCCUGUCGCGCAUGACGCAUCUGCCCGGGCUGGUGAGCUUCGUGAUCAAGUCGUGCGGAUACUCGUCGACUGGCGCCGGGGCCACCUACUACAACCCGCAUGGCGCGUCGGGGGCGGUGAUGAAGACGACGAACUCGACGGAGAUCCUGGCGCUGGGCGCCUUGCACCGUCGGGUCCACGAGAACCGGGUGAACUGCGGGCUGGCCCCGUUCCGCGAGACGGAAUUCCGCCGGAGACUGAAGAGUAUUUGA